AUUUCAUUUUUAAUUCAUUUAGUUUCUUGUGAGUACUAAAAAUGAAAAGAAUCGUCAGCGCAUUACUGCUAAGCAUACUACUCGCCGCGAGUCAAGCGGCACCAUCGCAGCCAGAGGCACGCAUUGUUGGCGGUGACGAUGUUGAACCCGGCCAGUUACCUUACCAGGGUUUCCUAACCAUUGGCGGAACCGCGACUUGUGGUGUCAGCAUAUUGAGCGAGCGUUACGCUUUAACGGCAUUGACUUGUAUCUGCUCAUCAGGUAGCAACAGACCUUGGCCACCACAACUGUUCUCAGUCACCGCUGGCACCGUGGAACUCUAUAGAGGCGGUGUAAAGAUUGUUGUCGAGGAAAUCACACUCAAUCCCAACUACAGUAGUCUCGAUACAGGCAUUGCAUUGCUAAAGCUCAAAGAACCUUUCGUCUUCUCCGACAAAAUUCAACCGAUUGCACUGUCAGCGGUGGAACCACCCUUAAAUGCUGAGGUCGAAAUUUCCGGUUGGGGCCGUAUUAAACAAACCGAAGAGAAUCUAUAUCGCACAUUACAAAUCAACGAGGCUGUGGUCGUAGACACACAGGAGUGCGCCACUUUAACGGACAAGGUGGAGGAGCAGGUGCUUUGUUUGAGGAGUCCACGUAAAAAUGGUAUUUGCCGCGGUGACUUUGGCGGACCGGCUGUAUACGAGGGCAAGUUGGUCGGCAUGUCUGCUUAUGUGUUGGGUGAUUGUGGCAGCAUGUUGCCCGAUGUAUUCGUCAGCAUUGCCAGCAACUAUGAUUGGAUUCAGGCGCAAAUUGCAAUGUAAUAAUGCCUUUCGAAAGGUUCAUUAAAGAGUGUUUUUUGAAAUAAUA